AUGGACAAAGUUUAUAACUUAUAUACUGCCGACUAGCACAAGAAAGAAGAGAAAGUAAAUAAGUAAUCAGUAAAGCUGGAAGAUAUUAUCAGUCCUCGUUAAGACCUCUUAACAAAUGAAAUGAUUAUAGAUGUCCCUCAAAACUUGGAGGAUAUAGAAUUAAGAUUAUCUCAUGAUGACAACUGCGAAUAAUAGAUAGCUCAUGAAAAAUUUCAUCACUCAGAAGAAGAUUCUCCAGGUAUCUAUCUUGGAACCUCUCACAUGCAUAGAGGCUGCGAAGAGGAAAUAAUUCCAGGUAAAAAUAUCAAUAUCUCAUGA